UGGAGCUAUCUACCACCUGGCGACUGAUUACGCAUGGCUCGCUUCCCCGCUGAAACCAUUCAAAGUCGCCGUUACGCUCAUUCUACUGCUUAUUCUUCCACUGAGAUUGACUCACUCUUUCCUCUCCUUUACGCGCGAUCCGAACGAUGCCUCCCGUACCCCCACAACCCGAGCAACGUCGGGUGAUCCUCUAUCACCAAACCAUCUGUGCCGACGACCAGUAUGUCUCCAUGCUCCCCCUGUUGGAGAACAACACCGGCAUCACCCACGUUAUUCUGGCAGCUUUCCACCUCAAUGCCGAUCCGCAGCAUAUUACACUGAACAAUGAUCCGCCUCAUGAUCCGAUCUACGAGCCGCUGUGGGAAGAGGUGCCCCUCAUGAAGCAAGGCGGGGUUCGUAUCAUGGGAAUGCUCGGGGGCGCCGCACAGGGCUCGUUCCGCAGCCUCGAUGGAGACGAGGAGAAAUUCGAACGUUACUACCAGCCCUUGCGGGACAUGGUGUGGCGCCAUCAACUGGACGGGCUAGACCUGGAUGUGGAGGAGGAGAUGUCGUUGCGAGGCAUCAUCCGACUGAUUGAUCGGCUCAAGUUGGACAUGGGCGAUGAGUUUAUCAUUACGUUGGCUCCGGUCGCGGCGGCAAUGUUGGGCUUGGGCAAUCUCUCAGGAUUCGACUAUCGCGAGCUGGAACAGCAGAGAGCGGCCAAGAUCAGUUGGUACAAUACACAGUUCUAUAACGGAUGGGGACGCGCGGAGGAUCCUCGGAUGUAUGCUGCCAUGGUUGCACAGGGCUGGUCUCCGAAUCGGCUGGUGUACGGGCUAUUGACGAACCCGGGCAAUGGAGCGCAGGGCUACGUGCCACAGGACAAAAUCGGGCCGGUUUUGGCGCUGCUGAUUGAUCAGUUCCCGGGUUUCGGGGGUGUCAUGGGCUGGGAAUACUUCAACGCAAAGCCGGGGGACCGACAAGCGCCGUGGCAGUGGGCAGCUGAGAUGACCUUGAGCAUGCACAUGAAGGAUUUGGUGGAUGGGGCGCGCCAGCUGCUAUCGGGGCCGAUGGCCAGCAACUUGAUGAAUGUACUCCGUGACAUGAUGCAGCAGCGAUAGAUAGGUUAUGGUGAAUUUUUGGGGAAUUCCUGAAUUCGAGCCCGUGCUGGAGUUACCUAAAGCCCGUGUAAAUAAUGGUUGGUGGCUUAUUCAUGGUGCUGGCGUAAUGUCGUCAUCGCUGCGGCGCAUCCCUUCCGCCUUUCCGC